AUGUCUGCACAGUCAGACCAAGCACUUGUCCAAGCCUACUCACGACUAGUCACGAGUAACUAUAUCGGCGUAGCUGCUGCAUGCAAGUACAUCCUUUAUCUCCCCUUUCAUUGCUCACACAAUAUUUGCCCCUCAGGCCUUGUCGCCUACGAAUUUGGGAUCACCUUCGGCAAGGAGAUUGAAAUUGUGUGGAAGAGACCUAUCACGGCACGUGCCGUGCUCCUUGGCUCGGUACGAUGGUAUAUGCUCCUCAUGGCCGUCUUGAACAUUGCGCCAGCAACUGCGAAUGCUCUGGGCUGGGCAUUAAUCCUCAUUCAAUUUCUCCAAGUCGCACUCUUUUCCGCCUUGCGUGUCUUCGCAGUCUGGGAUAAGAGCUAUGUCUGGUCGCUGAUCACGUUCGCGUUGAGCAUGGUGCCAUUUGCGACGAAUAUAUACAAUGCGGUAAUGAUGGAGUAUGAGUUUGAUUUGGACCUGACCAUUGGAGCAGCAUGCAUCGAGCAGCCUAAAAUCUCUGCACAAGUAAAUGGCAUAUGUAUGUUCCACGUCAUGUAUACCACACGCAGCUCCCUCAUCCUCGCUGACGCUAUCGUGCUCGUCCUAACGUGGAUUAAGACAUUCAGACACUGGAGGAAUGCCCGCCGCCUCAAGAUGAAGGCGUCGCUGACGACGUGUUUGCUGCGCGAUGGAACUACCUAUUUUAUAGCUCUACUGGCUCUCAAUAUAAGCCAGCUUCUCACGUACAACAUCUUCGAUCCGGACUCGAGAACAAUAUUAAGCGGGCUGAUAACAAACCUGCCCCCGAUCCUCAUCAACCGCUUCAUCAUCAACCUCCGGACGGCCGGCUCGACAGCGUCGGACUACUCUAUGCACAUGAGCGACCAGCGGCAACGACAGUCGUCACUGCAGUUCACAAGGCCAACAGGUCGGUUGGGAAAUAUGGGGGCAACGCUGCAGGAUGGCUGGGGCGACGAACCCUUUGAUGACGAGAAUGAUGUGGCAGAAGUGAGAGAGGAGGGUCGUCAUGAGGCCAGCGCCGAGGCGUGA